AUGUUCCACUAUAUGCACUACGAUGACCUCGUCCUUCCCACUCCAAGCAGUUUCCCAGCAUUUCCGUAUGAUCCGCCGUAUUCGAUACAAAUAGAUUUGAUGAGUCACGUCUAUACAUCAAUCGAAAAAAGGCAGGUCACCAUCGUGGAGAGUCCUACGGGCACCGGUAAGACCCUGAGUCUGCUGUGCUCGAGCUUGUCGUGGCUUGUGGAUGAGAAAGACCGCGCGCGCAAAGGCCAGCUAUUGCAGCAGUCCCUCUCGAGUGCCGCCACAUCAGCGCCGUCAUGGGUAGCAGCUCAGGCUCUCGAUAUUCGGAAGCGCGAAUUGGAAGCAGAGGAUAAAGAAUACGAGGACCGCCUCGCCAAAGCUCGGAAGACCGAGGCUCAUUUUCGUAUGCUGGCUCGGGCACGGGUUACCAAAAAGCAACGCGUGGCAGUCGACCUUGUCCAAGGCCAUGUCGACGGGGACGCAUAUCUUCCAGACGACGACUGUGAAGACAGCCAAGAUAACUUCUCCCCCGCUGUUCGCGCUCUGAUGGCAAAAAUGGACAAGAAUAACAAACGUGAUUCAGCCUCUCAAAGAGACGAGCCGUCCUGCACGAAAAUAUACUAUGCUUCUCGCACACAUUCACAACUUUCACAGGUCCUGCCCGAAUUGACCAAACUCAAGUUCAAACACCUCGCUUUGGGCACUGAUCGCGAUUCUUGCCAAAAGAAACGGACCCUCGAGGAUGUCGAUAGUGAUAAGUGCGAAGCUAGUCAGCGUCAGUGGCGCACCGUAUCCCUUGGAUCUCGGAAACAGCUGUGUAUCAACGAGGACGCAAGGUCAAGGCCGGGAGAUAUAGACGAGAAAUGCCGGGAAUUAUUGGAAGGAAAGCAAAAUAAACGGUGUCAAUAUUUGCCUCCGGUGGGUGAUGACACCCGCAUGCUUGAUCUGCGAGAUCAGAUUCUGGCAUCGUCGAAAGACAUAGAAGACCUUGCCACUGCUGGGAAAAAUACGCAGACUUGCCCUUAUUACGGAUCUAGACGAGCGAUACCCCAGGCAGAGCUUAUUACUCUGCCUUAUAACCUGUUGUUGCAAAAGACCGCCCGAGAAGCCCUGGGAAUCGACUUGACUAACCAAGUCAUCAUCAUUGAUGAAGCGCAUAACUUGAUACCAACUCUAUUGUCACUUUCGAGUGUCCGCCUCACAUCCAAUAUCCUAUCGACCUCAUUGAAACAGGUAUCAGUGUAUUACCAAAAAUUUCGCAACCGGUUGUCCGCAAUGCACGCAUUACAUCUGAAGAGGCUUCUUAAUUUCCUGGAUGCAUUCCAGAGAGUCGCAAUGGAUUGGGUAGCUCAGAAAUUGAGCGCUAAAUCUAAAAGUCAAGAUACUGAAGUCAUGACUGUGCCAGAUUUCAUCCAGAGGCUCGGGAGAAAGGUCGAGGGUAUCAAUCUCCUCGAGAUCGAGUCGUAUCUUAAGCGAAGCAAAAUAGCACGGAAGAUAUCUCGUUAUGCUGUCGACGUUUCUGAAGGGCCCAAUCAUAUCACUGAGUUUGCAGGGGAAAAACCUGGGAGACAUUCGUCGGGUGUAGCCACACCGCCACUGCAUACGAUUGAAGGACUGAUGUUGGGACUAGCGGGCGCAAGUGAAGACGGGAGACUUAUCUUCUCUGCUGUUGGAGACGCUGUUGAGAUCAAAUACCAGUUGUUGAAUCCAUCGGCGUUGUUCCGCGAUGUCGUGGAGGUGGCGCGUUCAGUAGUACUUGCUGGUGGGACCAUGUCACCGAUUUCCGCUGUAGUGUCCGAGCUUUUCACGUACUUGCCUCUAAACAGGCUGACGACUUUCUCUUGUGGUCAUAUUAUCCCGGCAUCUAACGUGCAGACAUUGUUGCUUACGAAGGGGCCUUCAGGCUUGGACCUGGAGUUCAAGUUCGCGCAGCAGAGCAAUCGGCAGGUCGUCUCCGAGUUAGGUCAAAUCGUAAUGAAUUUCUGCAACGUCGUGCCUGGAGGAAUAGUUGUCUUCUUCCCUUCCUAUGCAUCAUUGAAUUUUGCAAGAGAAGCUUGGAGCCAGAGUGGAUUACUGGACAAAUUCAGCGUGAAGAAAAAAGUCUUCUUGGAACCCCAGGAGAAUUCAGGAGUUGAAAUGAUCCUGCGGGAGUAUGCUAUAGCUGCCAAAACACAUACGCUACUAGAUAAGAAGACUGGCGCGGUAUUGUUUGCAGUUGUCGGUGCCAAGCUAUCAGAAGGGCUGAAUUUUUCAGAUGAUCUCGCUCGUGCUAGUUGUUGUAAUUGGAGCUGCAGGAAGCGCAUGCGGUACGCGAAUCAAACCGAGGCACGAUCCGGUAUAAAGAGGCCUGCUGGCGGGAAAGAUGCAGCAGCCGAAAUGUAUGAGAACAUGUGCAUGAACGCAGUCAAUCAAAGUAUAGGCCGAGCCAUCCGACACCGUGGCGAUUGGGCUUCUCUCAUGCUUAUUGAUCGGCGGUUCACGUUGCCUGCGAUUCGUGGGAAACUACCGCAAUGGCUAAGAGAUGAUGUGGCAGUCUGUGAGACUUUUGGCCAGGCGAUGAAGCAUCUAGGAAACUUCUAUCGAGGGAAGAGACAACGUACAGUGUGUUGA